AUGCUGUCACGCAUCUCGGGCCUUUUGGCAGUUUUCAGCGCCGCUCUGGUCGUGUCCUCCCCAACGGAGCAGCACCUCGAGGAGCGCGCCACUGGGACUGCCACUGUCAUUCUUCCCUCUGCCACCAUUCUAGGCAACGUGAAGAACAAGGUCGAGUCCUUUGGUGGAAUUCCGUACGCCGAACCACCGGUGGGACAGCUGCGAUUGAGACCACCCAAGCGCCUGGAGAGAUCCCUCGGCGUUUUCGAUGGUACCGGUCCUGCUGGAGCAUGCCCCCAGAUGGUGGCUAGCACAGAGAGUACAGACUUCUUAUUCGACUUGCUCGAAGCAACUGGCCAGAGCGAGGACUGUCUUACCAUCACGGUGGCUAGGCCUGAGGGAACCAAGGCUGGCGCGAAGCUUCCAGUUCUCUACUGGAUUUUCGGUGGCGGUUUCGAGCUUGGAUGGUCAUCUAUGUACGACGGAACCAGUCUUGUCAAUUAUGGCGUGGACAUCAGCCAACCGUUCGUCUUUGUCGCUGUCAACUACCGAGUGGCCGGGUUCGGAUUUAUGCCCGGAAAGGAAAUCGAAGCCGAUGGAUCAGGCAACAUUGGCCUUCUCGACCAGCGCAUGGGUCUAGAAUGGGUGGCUGAUAACAUUGCAGCGUUCGGUGGCGACCCAUCCAAGGUGACAAUUUGGGGCGAAUCAGCUGGAGCGAUCUCAGUCUUUGACCAGAUGGCUCUCUUUGACGGCGAUCACACCUACAAAGGCAGGCCUCUGUUCCGCGGAGCCAUUAUGAACUCGGGAGGUGUCAUUCCAGCAGACCCGUUGAGCUCGAAGAAAGGCCAGGCAGUCUACGAUCAAGUCGUCAAGACUGCGGGAUGUUCGGGCAAGGCUGAUACCCUCAAUUGCUUGCGCGGACUGGAUUACACCACGUUUCUCAACGCCGUCACUUCAGUCCCCGGGAUCCUGUCUUACAACUCUCUGGCUCUCUCGUACCUACCACGACCCGACGGCCGGACUCUUACAUCCUCUCCAGACGUACUGGCCGCCAGCGGAAAGUAUGCGGCCGUUCCAAUGAUCCUCGGAAACCAAGAGGACGAGGGCACGCUCUUCAGUAUUUUCCAAUCAAACCUCACUUCGAGCGACAAGCUGUCAGACUACCUUCAGAAAUACUACUUUAGCUCUGCAACGAAGACCCAGCUGGCGGGCUUGAUCGACACUUACAACAGCGGCUUAAGUGCCAUCAUCGAAGGCAGUCCAUUCCGUUCUGGGAUUCUCAAUGAAAUCUUCCCCGGGUUCAAACGGCGCGCCGCAAUUCUGGGAGAUCUUGUCUUCAUUCUUAGCCGCCGACUCCUUCUUCAGGUGACCACUGGAUUGAACGCUGAUGUGCCUUCAUGGGCCUACAUGGCAUCCUACAACCAAGGCACGCCGAUUCUCGGAACGUUCCACGGUUCUGAUCUCAUCCAGGUGUUUUACGGCAUCAAGGACAACUAUGCGGCGCGCAGUAUUCGCUCGUACUAUCUGAACUUUGUCACCUCCCAGGACCCAAAUGUAGGAGCCAGUGGAAAAUACCCAAACUGGCCGCAGUGGAAGAAUGGACAGAAGCUCAUUCAAUUCUUUGCCGACAAGGCGACCGUUAUUAAUGACGAUUUCAGGUCCGAUUCUUACCAGUGGCUUGUUGGCAAUAUCGGGUCGCUAAAAUUUUAA